AAGAUGGCGCUGCCCGUAGUACGAUGCUCCUUCCAGAAAGUUUUUGUUCAGAAUCCUAGCCAUAUUCUCUCUAGAUUUGUUCGGGAUCCUGCAGUGGUUCCUUGUUAUACCAACUUACUGGUUCCCAGUAGAAAGUAUGCUGCAAAAGUACCUAGGAAAUAUAGGAGAGCCUCCCAGGAAAAAAAAAAAGCCUCUGAGCUGAAGGAAAAAGAUGACCGUUAUAAAUUGCCUUUACCGCUUGAGCCAAAGGAUGAUGUUUAUUUGACUUGGUGCUAUCAAAAACAGAUUUAUGAUACAGAAGCGGCUUUAGAGCUUUUGAAGAAAUUUCAACCACUGGAUUUUACACCCGCCACCCAGGAAUUAUAUGCACAUUUCACCUUGAAUAUGGCAUCGGAAAAGAAGAAAACUAUGGGGCCAUUUUUUAGCACUCUUUUGUUGCCUUACCGUUUCACAGAUGUCAUCCCCAAGAUUUUAGUAUUCACACAGGAUCCCAAAGAAGCAGAUCUAGCAUCCGAACACGGAGCUGCAAUAGUAGGAGGAGUCGAAUUAAUUAAUCCGAUUUUAAAUGAGGAAAUUGGGGCAGAUUUUUAUAUCGCCGCCCCUGAAAUAACAACAAAAAUUAAUCCUUUAAGGAAUUUUCUGAAACAAAAGUACCCUUCCAUGAAGAACGGUACCAUUACUUACAAUAUCGCCGAGACGCUAAAUUUCUUCAAAGCCUGCCACGAGUAUUCAGUGACCGACGACAACCUUAUCCAAACACCGUUCGCAAUGCUGGACAUGCCUAAUGAUGAGAUACUUGCCAAUCUGGACAGUAUUAUUAAGGACAUUUGUAAACACAAAUCUUCGAAAUACGGUCCUUUUGUAACAAGUAUGAGCAUUCGAAGUUCAACUAGUGAAGCCUUAGAUGUGAAAGUUGAAGCUUUUCUCUCUGAAGAAUCUCUAGGACGGAAAUUGGAAGAAACUGAAAGGAUCAGCGAAGAAGAAAAGCAAGAACCAGAUGAUUAGAAGGUUGCAGAAAUGUCGUUUUCCUUGUAUAAAAAUGAUAAAGGGCAGUUCUUGCGCCCUCAUCCAUAGAUUCCCUCACGUUCUGGUCCUGAAUAAGAUGUUUUGCACCAAUAUCGGAGACAACGGAAUUGUCUCCAACACUGAAGCUCCGUGGCGCUGUUAGAUCAACCGUCCCCAAAAUUUGGGGCCUAGGUAAUAUCUAGGAAUUAUCAAUAUUAUAGGCUCGGCACCUCUGGAGAGCCUGCCAGCACUGACACUAAUGUUUCAGUGCAAACCAUUCUCCGUUUGUAAAAAAAGAUGUUUUAUUAAAAAUGAA